AUGGCUGAGAAGGCCGGGGAAGAGAAAGCUCCAAGCUCUUCAGAGAACCUGACAUGUCCACUAUGUCUUGAUAUCUUCGACGAGGCAACCAUCCUGACUUCAUGCGGACACACCUUCUGUCGGAAAUGUCUCAAGAACUAUGAUCUGUCCCACCAGGAUCUCGAUCACAUGAUCUGUCCUCUGUGCAGGAAGAUCACCAAGUUGUCUGCGAACCGUGUCGAUGAUUUUCUUACCAAUGUGACUGUCAACGGACUUGUAGACAAUUACCACGCCAAGUGUGGAGGAAUGAACGCUGUCCUUGAGAUGCGUCUAAAAUGUACUGCUUGCAAGUUUCAUCAAGAUGCUGUGAACGACCUUGUCCAGCGAUGUGCCGCCAAGAAGACUGAACUGGAGAAAAACAUUCAGAAUGUUGAAGUACAACGCCAUGAGGUUUACAAUGCCGUGCAGAAACUACUGGACGAUGUCAGUCAAGCCUACAGCAUCAAGGCCAAAGAACUUGAAGAAAAUCAUCGUAAUCUCAUCGAGCAAAUCAAUGUAGUAAAGCGGAGUUUCGAUCACGACCUCAACGUCUUGAAAUCCAACGAUCGACAGAAGAUCAAGAGUAUUCGUAGUUCACUGACACUGGUAGCUAAUGACAGACUGGGUCGUCUUGAGAAAGACAGUCUGUCUGCUCAUACCUUGUUAUGUGAGGAGCUGGAUGCCAUGCUGAAGGAGGCUACUGAUCACACUUCUGUGGCAGCCGUUGCGAAGAAAGCACAGGAGAAGAGGUUCAAGCCUGCAGAUGAUACUCGUCUUGAACUCGGGAGCAUCUCAGGAUCAGCUACUGAUCAUACUUCUGCGGCUGCCAUGAGGAGGAAAACACAGACGAAGACGUUCAAGUCUGCAGAUGAUACUCGUCUUGACCUCGGGAGCGUCUUAGAAUCAGAACCCAAGUUGCAAGUUAUUCAGUGUGUAGAUCUACGGGGAGCUAUGUGGGAUAUGACCCCGUACUCUAAGGACAGUGUAGCUAUCGGAUAUCUGUGUAUACCUGGUAUCGAUAUCAUUGAUUCAGCUGGUAAACAAGAGCAGUAUACAAACAUACCAAGUAACAUGAUAUGCUAUGGUCUUGUGUUUCAACAAAACAGGUCGUUAUGCAUAGCGACGAGUGACAAACAAGCGCACAUAUUUUCUCCCAAUGGUUCCAGGAAAUCAACUAUGCCCAUGAUAGGCAGUGGCCUUCUCAUACUAAACAGAAGUCCAUCAGAUGAAAUCGUCAUCGCUGACAAUGAGAAGCAAGUCUAUAUCUAUGACCCGACGGGAUCCACACACAAACACAUUGUUCCAACAAAACACAACAAGACGAAGCAGAUAUCUGCCACCAGGUCGGGUUUGUUCGUCACGAGUUCAUGUAACACCAAUCCAAGCGUGGUGACGGUGUAUGACCGGAAAGGGAAAGCUGGCAAGUCUUUACAAGCUUCAAACAGGGUCUACCUGUAUGCUGCCGUGGAUGAGCAGGACAGGGUGUAUGUAGCGAGUGUUGAUGGUAUGAAUGGUAACGUGGUGAUUAGGCUCUAUGACCUUGAUGGUCUGAACAUGAUUGAGAGAGUUGAGUUCAAUUUUGUAAAGUACCUUUAG